AUGCAGGAUGCUUGUGAUUCUGUAACUGUGCCAAUAUUGGUUGAUAGUAAUAAUGGAACUGCAUCAUUUUUGAAGACAACUUUCAAUGGCCUAAAUUCUCUUCUAGGGAUCGCUGUUCUAUCAGUUCCAUACGCGCUGUCGUGUGGAGACUGGGCGAGCUUGAUCCUCCUGCUGGUCAUUUCAAGUGCAACGUGCUACACAGGGCUACUGAUCAAGAAAUGUAUGGAAGCCGAUCCCAACAUAAGAACCUAUCCGGGCAUAGGUGAAAAGGCGUUUGGUGCCAGAGGGAGACUCGUCGUCUCCAUUUUCAUGAAUCUUGAACUUUACUUGCUAGCCAUAGGUUUCCUCAUACUAGUUGCAGAUAACUUGCACAGUCUGUUACCUGAUCUCCUAGUCAACGUGCAAGGGAGGUCCGUGAUCAAUGGGCGUCAAACAUGUAUUCUGUUAGCUGCACUUAUAAUCAUGCCCACUGUUCAGUUGUCUGGUCGGGGGAGUCUGAUGGAGUUGGAUUUAAUCAGAAAGGAGUGUUCUUCAACUGGAGAGGGCUACCUACUAGUAUGA